AUGGUGGUACUAACUUUAUUGUCAUACUUAGGAACCUUGUCAGCAUUUGUAUUUUUGACAAUGGCAGUUGCUUCCGGGCUUUAUUAUUUGUCGGAACAGGUUGAAGAGCAUACAGUCUGGACUAAAACUGUUUUAACGAGGGCCAUAUAUGGAAUUAUAGGUAUACAUGUGCUCCUGUUGAUAUUUGACGGAUUCCCUUGGUUGUUGACAGUCGGAUCAAUUGCUACCCAUAUUUUGUAUCUACAAAAUCUUAAGCGAUUCCCCUUCAUUCAAUUAUAUAGCGGCAUAUUUAUUUCAAGUUGUAUUGCUGUAGUCGCCAACCACUGGUUGUGGUUCAGAUACUUUUCGGACCCUUCUAUUCCACCAGCUAUCAUUUUGAUUGAACGCCCCGAUUAUGCUGGACCCACACAUCCUCCCUUCUCUCAAGUGGCAUCAUUUUUCGGUAUUUGUGUAUGGCUCAUUCCUUUCUCAUUAUUUAUUAGUCUUAGUGUGGGUGACAAUGUCCUGCCUACCAGCUACAGCACCAACUUUGAUAAUGAUCAAGAUGAGUCUGGUGCUGCCAAGGCCAAACGAAGAAGUGCUGGCCUUGCCAAAGUCGCGGUGGAAUGGUUCUACAAGGUUAUUGCCGAUAUUGGCCGUAAGUUUGGAUACGAAAUUGAGACUGGGAAGGGUCCCUUAAUUUAA